GUCAGUCUCUUGGCACCACGAGGGGAAGCAGUUCAUGUGCUGCCACACGGAUGGUUCCCUCACCACCUGGACACUGAAGCAGAAUUCCAAUAGGCCUACAUCACAUGUCUUCCCUCAUGGUCCCGCAAGAUCCAUCCUGGUGCUGUGGUCCAUCUAAGUGACUGCCCUGUGGAACCUGGGAAGCUCCUGAUUGGCUACGAGAGCGGUCAGCUUGUCUUGUGGGACUUCAAAGGGCGCACCGCUGAAGUUCGCUACCAUUCUGCCGAACCACUGAGGUCAGUCUCUUGGCACCACGAGGGGAAGCAGUUCAUGUGCUGCCACACGGAUGGUUCCCUCACCACCUGGACACUUAAGCAGAAUUCCAAUAGGCCUACAUCACAUGUCUUCCCUCAUGAUUCUGGCGACAUGUGGCAACUGUACGAGACAGCCGACGCCGUCAGUCGCAGGCAACAUGGCAAGUGGGGAUGACGCGCAAAAUUUGUCUGGAGACGAUGCCAGCCUUUCUGAUUCAGAUUUCCUGCUAAUUGAUUCUGACGAGUCCUGCGACUGAGGAAUGCAGGGCUGAUAACGGCAGUUCAGGGAACUCUGACAUUAGUGACGGUGAAGGCGAGGCAGCACUACGAAAAUACAAUGGUAGAAACGAUAAAUACAUGUGUAGGGAGCAAGUUUAGCGCGGUGCCCCCAAAUUACGACGCCGUUUACCGCCAACUCUCCCAGCGGGGCGCGAGGGUGCUGGCACUGGGCCGGAAGGAGCUCGGAAGACUAUCCCACUUUGAGGAGAAUGAUCCCAGGAAAGCCACGUUAGCGAGGGUUACCCCAACGCCUAACAAUGGGUUUGCAGAGUUGGUACCACUGCAGAGAGUCAAGGAAAUCGUCGAAAUUGAAGAUGAGGAAGGAGGAAAAGAGGAGGAGGAGGAGGAGGAGAACAGCCACAAGAAGAAGAGGAGGAGGAAGGAAGAGGAAGAGACCAUCUACUUCAUAUUCCAGAAAGUGAAAUACAUCUAUAGGGGUAGUAGUAAUAGUAGUAGUAGUAGUAGUAGUAGUAGUUUUCACCCCCUGCAAUACCCUAUCAACUGCAACUUCAACUUCUACCUACAAUCGAGAGGAUACCAAGACCAAGACCAAGUUGACAAGCAGACUCGGAAAUACGGACCAAAUUUGUUACAGAUGGACAUUCCAGAGUUUAUGGAGCUUUUUAAGGAGAGAGCGACUGCACCUUUCUUUGUAUUCCAAGUGUUCUGUGUGGGGCUGUGGUGCCUGGAUGAGUACUGGUAUUACUCCCUGUUCACGCUGUUCAUGCUGGUGGUGUUUGAGUGUACCCUGGUCCAGCAGCAGCUCCGGAACAUGGCGGAGAUACGCAAGAUGGGUGCCCAGCCUUACAGCAUACAGGUGUACCGAUCCCGUCGCUGGAGACCCAUGCCAACCACCGCCUUGCUGCCCGGGGACAUCGUCAGUGUUAUCCGCACCUCCAGCACCUCCAGCAGCACCAGCAGCACCAGUAGUGUCGAGCUGAUGGUGCCGUGUGACCUGCUACUUCUCCGAGGGUCAUGUGUCGUCGAUGAAAGCAUGUUGACAGGGGAGAGCAUACCCCAGAUGAAGGAGGGCUUGGAGGGACUGGAGGAAAGGGAGAGAGAGACAAUGGAGAGAAAUCUCGACAUCGCUACGGACAGCAAACUUCACAUGCUGUACGCUGGGACCAAGAUCGUUCAGCACAGUUCACCACCGAAGACCACCACAGGUUUGAGAGCUCCGGACAACGGCUGCGUCUGCUACGUUCUGAGGACCGGAUUUGCCACGGCUCAGGGAAGGCUACUCAAAACGAUCUUGUAUGGGGUCAGUCGCGUCACCGCCAACAACAUGGAGACGCUGGCGUUUAUACUCUUCCUCCUGGUGUUUGCCGUCGCUGCCGCUGCCUAUGUGUGGGUCAAAGGUGUUGAGGACCCCGAUCGCAGCCGUUACAAGCUCUUCCUGGAGUGCACGCUGAUCCUGACCUCCGUGGUGCCGCCCGAGCUGCCCAUAGAGCUGUCCCUGGCCGUCAACACCUCCCUGCUGGCCCUCUCCAAGCUGUACGUCUUCUGCACCGAGCCUUUCCGCAUCCCACUGGCCGGAAAGAUUGACGUGUGUGCCUUCGACAAGACCGGAACUCUGACCAGCGAUGACCUCAUAGUGGAAGGUGUGGCAGGGCUGAAGGGGACGGCAGAGGUCAUCCCAGUCUCCGAGGCCCCCGCGGCUAGCAUCCAGGUCCUAGCUAGCUGCCAUUCACUAGUACAGCUGGAGGAAGGGCUAGUCGGUGACCCCCAGGAGAAGGCCACUCUGUCCGCUAUUGACUGGACGCUCACGAAAGGCGAUGCAGUCAUUCCGAAGAGGGGCCGAGCGACAGGACUCCGCAUCACACACCGAUACCACUUCACCUCCGUUUUAAAGCGCAUGUGUGUGGUGGCGGCCUACACGCAGCAAACGGGCGAGGUCGUGUACGUGGCCUGCGUCAAGGGAGCUCCGGAGACACUGAGGGAUAUGUUUAGCGCGGUGCCCCCAAAUUACGACGCCGUUUACCGCCAACUCUCCCAGCGGGGCGCGAGGGUGCUGGCACUGGGCCGGAAGGAGCUCGGAAGACUAUCCCACUCUGAGGUCAGAAGCAUCACCCGGAAUGACCUGGAGAGUGACCUGACCUUCUGCGGCUUCAUCAUCAUCUCCUGUCCCCUCAAGAGAGACUCCAAGGAGGUCAUACGCGAAAUUCUUGCCUCGUCCCACGCCGCGGUCAUCAUUACGGGAGACAGCUACCUCACAGCCUGCCAUGUCGCGAAGGAGCUCAGAUUCACGCAGAAGGAGUCCGUUUUGGUCUUGCAGCGGAAGGAUACUGAGAGAAGGAGGAGGAAGAAGGAAGAAGAGGAGGAGGAGGAGGAGGAGUGGGAGUGGCAGGACAUAGAAGACCCCUCGCUCUCUCUCCCUCUCUCGCUCUCGCUCUCCCUCGGUGCGAGCGAGAGAGAGAGGGAGAGAGAGAGAGAUGGAGCCCUGAAGCAGUAUGAUCUCUGUCUGACGGGUGAGGGCCUGGCUUUCCUCCACCAGUGCCGCGUCAAGGCCCUGUCAAGAAUCCUCCCGGCCGUCAAAAUCUUCGCCAGAGUCUCGCCAAAACAGAAGGAGCUUAUUAUUACCCUCUACAAAGACCUCGGAUUCACGGCCCUCAUGUGCGGGGACGGAACAAACGACGUCGGUGCGCUCAAACACGCCCACUGUGGUGUGGCCAUCCUCUCUACAGCCCCGGACAGACCCGUACAGCCCAGACGGAGACAGACAGAGCGGCAAACGGAGAGACAACCGGACAAAAUCAGACAGCGGAAGGCAGUGCGUUCGGGAGGGCAAAACUUGGCACCACAGCAGGUCAGUGAAAGUGAACAGCUUCAGCGGGCACAGUUGCAGUUGAAUAAGCUGCUACAGGACUUUGAAGAUGAGACCAACACCCUCGUCAAGCUUGGAGACGCAUCUAUAGCCGCGCCCUUCACCUCCAAGCUCUCCUCCAUACAGUGUGUGUGCCACAUCAUCAAGCAGGGCCGCUGUACGCUGGUGACCACACUGCAAAUGUUCAAGAUCCUGGCCCUAAACGCACUCAUCCUAGCCUAUUCUCAAAGCGUGCUGUACUUGGAUGGCAUCAAGUUCAGCGACUACCAGGCUACACUACAGGGACUCCUACAGGCCGCCUGCUUCCUCUUCAUCUCAAGGUCAAAGCCGCUGCCGGAGUUAAGCGCUCACCGACCUCUACCGAAUAUCUUCAAUAUCUAUACGGUUGCGACGGUGCUUCUACAGUUUGGUUGCCACUUUACCGCCCUGCUCUACCUGGUCAACCAAGCCAACCACCUGGACAACCACACUGCUAUAGGGGGGGCGGCGGUGGACCUGGAGAAGCAGUUUGAACCUUCUCUCCUUAACUCCACUGUGUACAUAAUCUCGCUGGCUCUCCAAGUAUCAACCUUCGCGAUCAACUACAGGGGCCGACCUUACAUGGAGGGGCUGAGCGAGAACCGGCCGCUCCUAUACAGCCUCAUGGGAGCCUUUGGUCUCAUCCUCGCUCUCUCCCUCGGCAUCUUCCCGGACUUUGGGAGGCAGUUUGAGAUCGUCGAGUUCCCGAGUGAGUUCCGGGUGACCCUCAUACAAGUUCUGUGCCUGGACUUCGCGCUGUCGUUCGUCAUAGAUAGAGUCUGCCUAGCACUCUUUGGGGAGGGCAAGUUGGCACCCUCCCUGCGGCACUGAGAGACACACACACACACACACACACACACACAGAGAGAGAGAGAGAGAGAGAGAGAGAGAGAGAGAGAGAGAGAGAGAGAGAGAGAGAGAGAGAGAGAGAGAGAGAGAGAGAGACACACACACACACACACACACAGAGAGAGAGAGAGAGAGAGAGAGAGAGAGAGAGAGAGAGAGAGAGAGAGAGAGAGAGAGAGAGAGAGAGAGAGAGAGACACACACACACACACACACACACACACACACACACACACAGAGAGAGAGAGAGAGAGAGAGAGAGAGAGAGAGAGAGAGAGAGAGAGAGAGAGAGAGAGAGAGAGAGACACACACACACACACACACACACACACAGAGAGAGAGAGAGAGAGAGAGAGAGAGAGAGAGAGAGAGAGAGAGAGAGAGAGAGAGAGAGAGAGAGAGAGACACACACACACACACACACACACACACACAGAGAGAGAGAGAGAGAGAGAGAGAGAGAGAGAGAGAGAGAGAGUAAUUGUUAAGCCUAUUUGUAUUUUUUUCUUUAUUUUUUGAUUUUUUUGAGAAAGUUAAAAAAAUAUGAAAAUAAAUAAAUAAAUAAAUGUUUUUUGCACA